AUGACCGACGACGACGAGGACGAGCCCUCCAAAAAGACCCUAAAAGGGGCUAAAAGUGAUCCCAGGACCACAAAUUCCACCCCUGCUCCUCUUUCCUCUCUCCUCCCCACACACUCUCUCUGCUCUCUCUCUCCCUCCCCGCAUGCUCCGCCCGGCUCCGCCUCCUUCGCCCGCCGCCGCCAUCUCCGCUCCGCCCCACGGCGCCGCCACCUCCUCCUCCGCCUCCGCCUCGCGGAGGCACUGGCGGAGCUGGAGCAGGCGCGCGCCGCCGAGCUGCAACGCUGCCUCGAGCAGACCUACGGCAAGCGCCGCCACCUUGUCGAGAAGGCCCGCGGCCGGAUCCACGAGAUCCGCGCGCACCUCCACGAGCGCGAGCAGCAGCAGGCGCUGCCCCGCCCCCCCUCCCCCCGCAGCCCGAGCAAUCGAUCGUGUCCGGUGUCCGAUCGAACAGGCAAGCUGCUGUCGAUGAUGCCUGUUUGUUACUACCGCUUCUCUUUUCUGAACUUCACAUUGGGAGCUGCCACUGCAACUAGCUAGUUAAUUAGGCUAUGUAUGUAGUAUACUAGUGUCAGUGAUCUAUAGAGCAUCGAAAACUUGCUAACUAUUGAAUCAGAUUGGAAAUUAGUGGUAGAAA